AUCCAACGGUCGAAAUCUCCUCUCAUUUUCCCUUAAUAUAUCUCUGUGCAUAUAAAACUAACAUUUCCUCUACAAAAAUUAAAUUAAUAAUAAAGAAGAAAGCUAGCAGUGGCCGUUUCGAAAAAUCUCUGUUCUCCAUGUUUGCUCUUUUUUGAUACGGAUUGAUUUAUUUUGUGCUUUGGGCGAGUUUAUAUGGAGAUUGGUUAAGAGUUUCAGAGAUGGUCACUGGGAGCAACAUAGAUAUGUUACUGAGCCUAGACGAUCAUCUGCAAGGGCCCAAUGGUAAUUUAGAAGAUAAUUUGCAGAGUAAGCUAGAAUUGAUACGGCAAGCGCAGAGCAAUCAGCCCUUAAUUGAUCGAGAAAAGGGUCUCAAUAUAUUUAGGAGUGGCAGUGCUCCACCAACUGUUGAGGGAUCAUUAAGCGCUGUGGGUAGUCUUUUUAGGAACCCCAAUUUUAGUGACAAUAGUAGCAGUAAUAAUGAUAAUAGCGGCAAUAAUUUAGUUCUUACUGAUGAUGAAAUUCGCUCACAUCCAGCAUAUCUUUCAUAUUAUUAUUCUCAUGAUAACAUAAAUCCGAGACUACCCCCACCAUUGCUGUCGAAGGAGGAUUGGCGUGUUGCCCAAAGGUUUCAGGCUGGUGGGUCUUUGCGUGGAGGCGUUGGGGACUUGAGGAACAAGAAGUUGGUUGAUGACGGCAAUGAUUCAUCACUUUUUUCAAUGCAGCCAGGACGUUCUGUACAGAAGCUGGAGAAUGAUUUGAUGCAAUUAAGGAAUGCCAAUAGAAAUAAUUUCUCUAUGCAGAACUCUGCUGAGUGGCUUGAUAGGGGCUCAGGUGGUUUAACUGGACUACAGGGUGCUGGGAUUGGUGGGAGGAGGAAGAGUUUCGCUGACAUUCUUCAGGAAGGAAUUGAUAGACCCGCAUCUUUAUCAGGCCACCUAUCGCGACCCGCUAGUCAUAAUGCCUUUGGUGAUCUUGUAGGCACAACUGGGAUAUGUGAUCCCUGUCAACCUGGGUUCUGUGGUGGAUUGGAGUCUGUAGAGGGCUUGCGUUCUGGUUCUGCUUCUCUUGGCUUGGUAGGAGUUCAAAGCUAUGGAGCAGCUGUUUCUCAUUCGUUCUCAUCUGCUCUCGGUUCAUCACUGUCAAGAAGUACAACACCUGAACAGCAGCUAGUUGGGAGGUCUCCUAGUUCUGGUCUUCCCCCUGUGGCGAGCAGAGUUGUCCCUCUUGAGAAAAAGAAUAUUGUUGGCUCUACUACCCAGAGUGGUCAUUCUUCUGGCAUAACUGAGCUUGGUGAAAUUGCAGCUACAUUAUCUGGUUUAAACCUAUCAAACAUUAGGCAAGUAGAGCAGGGUAGUCAUAUAGAUCUGAACAGGCAGCCAGAUUUUCUUUUCAACACAUCCAAUGGUCAUCACCAUAUGCAGCAACAACUUGUAGAAAGAUCCAAUGCAGCAAAUCUCUCAUUUUCUUCCAACUACAUUGAUGUAGCAAGGAAAAAUGGGGUCCUGCCAAACCUUAGCACUUACGAGUUUAUUUCUCAUGGGGAAGUUAGUAUUCCCAAAAGAACUUCUUCUUUUGCAAAUCUUCACUCAAAAUCCUCAGGCCUAGGAGGUUUGAAAAGAUCAAAUGGUAAUCAUCAAAAUGCAAAUAUUCCAGAUAUGGAUUUUGAUGGCCGUGUACCUGGUGCCUACCCAAUCAAUCAGAAGCUGGAUUCAGUGCUGAAAAACCAUCUUGAUGCAGCUUUAGGUGGGUGUGGAAUUGGACACAUUUUGAAUAGAGCAGGAAAUCAAGUAGGGUCUGAUCUUCAUUCUCCAGUUAUGGAUGCACAUUAUAUUCAGUACUUACAAAGGGCUUCUGAUUAUGAAACACAUACAAAAGGCUCUGAGGUUAGAAACUGUUUUCCAACUUCACAUGGAGACUUGGAUGGGAUUCAGAAAGCAUACCUUGAAUCAUUGCUUGCUCAACAAAGCCAACAAUAUGAGCCUGCAAUAGUCAAGUCUGGCAAUUUGAAUCAGGGGUACCAUAAGAAUUCAUCAUGUAGUCUUGGCAUGCCAUAUCUGGGGAAUUCCAUGGUAAACUCUGUACUUCCCUCUAUUGGAUCUGGAAGUUUUCAGGAUGAGCGAGCUGCACAUUUUACUUCUAUGUUGGGAAACUCAAUGGGAGGAUCCAUUGGGCCAUGGCACUCUGAUAUUGGCAACAACGUGGAAAGAAGAUAUGCGUCAUCCUUACUAGAUGAGUUCAAGAACAAGACCAGGUCUUUUGAACUCUCAGACAUUGUUGAUCAUGUUGUUGAAUUCAGUACGGAUCAGUAUGGGAGUCGCUUCAUUCAGCAGAAACUAGAAACUGCUACGGUGGAAGAAAAGAACAAGAUAUUCCCUGAAAUUAUCCCGCAUUCUCGCACCUUGAUGACAGAUGUGUUUGGAAAUUACGUCAUACAGAAAUUUUUUGAGCAUGGUACAGAAUGUCAAAGAACAGAGUUAGCCAGCCAGCUUACUGGUCAUGUUUUACCUCUCAGCCUUCAAAUGUAUGGGUGCAGAGUAAUUCAGAAGGCCUUGGAGGUGGUUGAUGUGGAUCAGCAGACUCAAAUGGUGGCAGAGCUUGAUGGUUCAGUUAUGAAAUGUGUUCGUGAUCAGAAUGGUAAUCAUGUUAUUCAGAAGUGCAUAGAGUGUGUACCUGAAGUUCGAAUUCAGUUUAUUAUCUCAGCUUUCUAUGGACAAGUUCUGGCACUUUCCACCCAUCCUUAUGGCUGUCGCGUCAUUCAGAGGGUCCUGGAACACUGUAAGAACAUGAAUACUCAGCACAUUAUUAUGGAUGAGAUUAUGCAGUCUGUUUGCAUUCUGGCACAAGAUCAGUAUGGGAAUUAUGUUAUUCAGCAUGUCCUUGAACAUGGCAAACCACACGAACGAUCUGCUAUUAUUAGCAAGCUUGCAGGACAAAUUGUAAAGAUGAGUCAGCAGAAAUUUGCUUCUAAUGUUGUGGAGAAGUGCCUAAUUUUUGGUGGCCAUGAGGAGCAUCAAAUUUUGGUGAAUGAGAUGCUUGGCUCCACUGAUGAAAAUGAGCCUUUGCAGGCCAUGAUGAAAGAUCCAUUUGGAAAUUAUGUUGUGCAAAAAGUUCUUGAGACCUGUGAUGAUCGGAAUCUUGAGUUAAUUCUUUCUCGUAUCAAAGUUCACUUAAAUGCGCUGAAGCGUUACACUUUUGGUAAACAUAUAGUUUCUCGUGUCGAGAAGCUCAUUGCCACUGGAGAAAGACGCAUAGGACUCGCAUCCUCUUCUGCUCACAAGGCACUUUAACUAGAAACAUGGAAGGCCUUUUUUUUUUUCUUUGCCGCAGCUGAAAGACAGCAAAAAGGAGAGAAUUUUUGUACAGCUAACAUGGAAGGUGAUUUGCACAAGUUUGUCAUCUCAUCUUUAUUUUCUGCUAAGAUUAUAAUUGUAAAUAAACACUCAACUUUCAGGCCUACUGAAUAAGAUCCUCUUGUUAAUAUUUUUAUUGUAUAUUCAGCUCUUUCUGUGUAAUCUAUAAUUGGGAUUUCACAAGAAAUUAGGUAGUGAUCAGAAAGGCAAUUCUCGGUUGCUUACUGGUUUUUAAGAGCAUAAUAUCUAUAGCAUGUAAAGAGGCAUCAAAGUGUAAAUGUAUUUUCAGUUGGAAAGACGAUAGGUGGUGUAAGAAAUGAGUUUUAAGAAAUUAACUUUAGGACUUGCAAAGAUC